CACGGCUCGUGUUAACCCUUGUAUUAAAUAACAGCAACGAGCGUUUUUCGGUUUUGUUUUACAGAAAAACACUUCGGUUGUGCGUUUUUUUAAGCAUGAUUAUCGUGACGAUGGGAUUUGGGUUUAUUAGGUCAUGAUAAAUGCAGUUUGGACAAGGGAACUGUAAGGCAGGUUUCCGGUUUCGGGUCGUGCUCCGAACAAGCCUGUUGCCCAGCUAUAAUCAUUAUUUGUUUAUUUAUAUAUUCAUACUGGAGCCACGGAACCGCGCGGGCACCUUUCCCGGGUUUUCUGCUCGCGCGUUCCUUCGCUCAGUGCAUGAGACGUACUUCCCGCGCGCUGCUCGGUCCCCGGCGCACCGACUUGGGGCUCGCGUUGCGCGUCGCGUGGACAAGGCGGCCAGCGGGCAGUUCGUGGACAGUUCCUUAAGUUGGCAGUGGAGCGCGCGGAAGCGGCGGUCCUCGCGGAAUCCGAGCCGCGCGCUCCGCUCUGAUUGGCGCUCGGACCCGCAUCCGCGUUCGCGCGUCCCUCUCUGUGGCUUUUUUUUGAGAACAUUUUUACGAACGGACGGUAAACAUUAUGUAACUGCGCAACUUAAGCGGUACAACAGACGGCGCGCGGCGCUCAGCGAUGGAUGCUGUUUGUUUGCGUUUUUAUUCCGGUUUUAAACAGAAGUGAACAGCGCUCUUUUCUGGGGACUAUGGGAGCAGGCAUCCCAGAGAUUAACUCCAGCUUUAACUUCACCGAGGACGGAUCGGCGCGACUCCAGGGCACGGGCGCUACAUUUUCGGGAUACGUGAUGGUCAUCCUGGCCGUGCUCAUGGUCACUCUGGUGGUCGUGGUCGUGGUCGGCAACGCGUUGGUCAUUCUUGCGUUCGUGGUGGACAGGAGCCUCAGAAACCAGAGCAACUACUUCUUCUUGAACUUGGCCAUAUCGGAUUUCCUCGUAGGUGCCUUCUGCAUCCCCAUUUACAUCCCAUACAUCUUGACGGGGAAGUGGAUGUUUGGACGAGGCCUGUGCAAGUUGUGGCUGGUGAUAGACUACUUGCUGUGUACUGCCUCCGUCUUCAACAUCGUCCUCAUCAGCUAUGACCGCUUCCUGUCCGUCACCAGAGCUGUCACAUACAGAGCUCAGCAAAGCAUGACCAACUUGGCCGUGGGGAAGAUGGUGGCUGUGUGGGUGCUGGCCUUCCUCCUCUACGGUCCGGCCAUCAUCUUCUGGGAAUCGGUGGUGGGCAAGAGCAAUGUUCCCAGUGAUGAGUGCUUUGCUGAGUUCUACUACACAUGGUACUUCCUGCUUUGUGCCUCCACCUUUGAGUUUUUCUCCCCUUUUGUUUCGGUGGCCUUCUUCAACCUGAGCAUCUACCUGAACAUCCGGCGGAGGAACAAAAGCCGGGCAGCACUGCAGGCAGACCAGGCCAACGACUUCCUCCUGGCGCAGCGAGAUGUGGCCCCAACAUCUUCUGUCUUCUUUGUGAAGACACGUAAGGUCUCUUCCAGCGAGCCCGCGGCCGUGUCAGCAGUCAUCGAGGAUGAUGAGCCGUCCCCUUCAUCCAGCUGCCUGAGCAACAGUUCCCUCACUAUGAAGAGGAAGACCAUCUCCAGCAAGCUGAGGCCGUGCAACACCCGGACUGUGGCCGCUGGCGUCUCCUGUGAAGGCCGACUAGAUGGUGUGGCCAACAGGAGCACGCAGCACUCUCGCCUCUCCCGUGACAAAAAGAUUGCCAAGUCCCUGGCCAUUAUUGUUUGCAUUUUUGGGAUUUGCUGGGCACCUUAUACGUUGCUGAUGAUCAUCCGGGCCGCUUGCGGCGGACGCUGCGUCGAGCAUCACUGGUAUGAGAUCACCUUCUGGCUCCUGUGGAUAAACUCAGCCAUCAACCCUUUCCUCUACCCCCUGUGCCACAGUAGUUUCAGGAGAGCCUUUACCAAGAUGUUGUGCCCCAAGCGGCAGUCUAUACAACCUCAGAUUGAACCUCAGUCUUGCCAGUAACAGUCUUAUCACUUCGAUGUAAAAUUUUUGUCUCAAAAGUGAGCCUUCAAGACUAUUCCUUCAUGUGUUUCAGAGCUUUGCUUGGACUGAAAACAGGCUUUGUGUGAAUAUUGACUGGAAUUUUAUCACAAGCAAAGCUCAGAGGUAAACUUCAUUUAGUUUUCCGAUGUAUAAAAUGGUGUGUUCAGGCAGUGCUUUUUUGGUCAAUAUAAAUAUUUUACAUGAGGCGCGUUUAUAAAUACCCAUUCCUUGCAAUUACCUUGUACUGAGUCUUAUAUAAGUUUUUUGGCGAGAGUAAUUUACUUUUUGGAAUUAAAUGAAUGAGACGAGAUUGUGAAUUGAGGAUCCAUUUUGUGCAGUAAAUGCUUAUGAGAAACAAUUAGUUGUUUUUCACAUUUUAACGAUUCAGACAGUCAAAGGCGUGAUUUCAAGGCUUUCUCAAAGGAUUUUAGAAGUACCAACACGGGAUAAUAGCUGCAAAAACUGGUUUAUGUUCUUAUAUUGUUUUUGCGUGAAUAUUUGCCAUACCUAUUUCAUCCAGCAUAAAACGUUAUCAGAUAUACCGGCAAAAAAUACAUUUUUCAAUGUAAGAUGUUGUAGUCCAGAUAUGGAACAUAUGAAGGUUUAUUUAAAAAAUAACGAUGUGCCUCAUAUUAGAUACUGAUAAACAAAGGUUUGGUGUAUGUGUGUGACGGUCAUUGUCUCCGAAUACUCUCUACAUACACCAUCUGUGCUGCGGAUAUGAAGUCGCUUUGUUUGUCCUUUGAUGUGACUGAAAUUCAAAUAAAGGCCCUGGUGAGCAGGUUUUCGACUGCGCCGCUAAUACAGUUGAGUGGAGAAACCUAACAGAACUUGCCUCUAAUUGCUCGUGCAAAGGCAAACAGAGGAAAAAUAGCAGUCUACUGGAAGCGGUUGCUUAUGGGUUAUGGGCUAUGAAGUUGAGGCAAUGGGACACAAUUCUAGGGCCACAGUCCAAAAUGACAUUCAAACUCAAGGAUACAAAUAUGUGUGUUUUUCUACUUUUCUCAUGCCAUCGCAUACAGCUGCAGGUUUUCCCGCAGCAAUGAAGGCGUGAUGCUCCCUGCUGCCCCGCAGCUCCAGCCUUCGUACGCCUUGCUGGGGCCCAGAGGGAACACGGUGUUGGGUGACGCUCGUCCUAUGUACUGAAACGCACAUGUUCCACAGUUCCUUCAUCAGUGGCUGCUUCGUUUUGUUGUAGUCAGGAAAAUCGCCACGGAAACGUUUGCGGGAUGUAUUUAUGACUGAUUUCUCAUUCGCUCUUCGGCAUAAAGACAGGUGAGACUGUGCAGUGCAGUUUGUCAAGCCUUUUAAACAUGCAGCAUCCCAGAAGGGACUCACGAUGACCUUGAAUGUUCCAGAGUGCAUGUAUUUUUUUUCUUAAUGGAUGUUAAGAUUAAAUAAAUAAAUAAAUAAGAGACUCAAAAUGUUAAAAACGCUCCUUGUCCAAUCAGGAUAAGAAAGCCCUCCGGGAUUUUUAUUUUGACUGAGCUAUUGAAAAACUUCAUGGUUUUUGUGUCUAUACAAAGAUAACAAGACU